AUUUUUCUCAUCCACAUAUAAAAUAGUUACGUCCCAGGCGCAUCGUUAAAGUCGUAUCGCGUGUCAAGAGAAGAAAAACGGGUCAACCAUUAUGAAGAGCUCGGCCUUAGCUGUCAUUUUGGUGUCAUUCAUCGCGUCUACCACCAUAGCAUUCGGCUGUGCUUACGAAUCAAACCCGGACUACUUCAACUGCACCGAAGUCGGUCACUUUCCCAACUUAAACGAUCCUACCUGCACGACAUACUUUUGCUGCUCAGAGAGGGACGACCAGUUCAUCAAGGAACUCAAGACGUGCGUAGUCGAUACAUACUUCAACGAAGAUACCGGAGGGUGCGAUUAUCUUUACCAGUGUCCAUGCAGAGAAGCGGAGACGAAGAAGUCGACCGACUGCGUCGUCGACAGCAGCGCCCAGUUCACCUGCACCGAGCCGGGAUGUUUCCCCAAUCCCGCCGAUCCCUAUUGCAAGAGCUACAUCUCCUGUUACGCCGCUAAAAGCGGGAAGAUUUAUAAAUCGACUUAUUCUUGUCCUUACGGUACUUUUUUUGAUAGCGCUGGGGGCGCUGGCGGGUGUUCUAUCGUGAACAAUUGUCCGUGUCAAGAGAACGCCUAAGUGGUCUGUGAACGACACCAUCGCCCUUGAGGGCCACUCUUCGAAUACUGUGCUGAGAAAUAUUCGAUUUGUUUUUAAAUCUUAUAUAUUUUAUAUACUUAUCUUUCUCUGUGAAUACGUUGCUAUUUUUGUAAUUAAAUGUAUUCCAACAAGACGAUUAAAUGUAGUUUUGUUUAAAUUGGAAAGGAAGGAAAACUAACCAAAACAUCAGGAAAGGUAUUGCUGGUUGCCGAAACACAGUUCGUC